UCAUCCCGAAUUCCCAGACACAGCGAGCGCAGCAGCAGCUACGCUCCACCUCGCCAUCUCCGCCUCACGCCGGCCAUGUGCUGUGCCCCUCCGCCGCCCCUCCCCUCCUACCGCCGCCGCCGCCUACCUGUCCGCGGCGGCGCUCCUGUCCCCCUCCCGCCUCUCCCUUCCCCGCCGAUGAAUCCGCCCGCUGCCCCGCGAAUCACUGGUCCGAUUCCCCAUUCCCAGCCCGAUCCGCUGGAGGAACCAGCAGAUGCGUGUGAAUCUCCGGAUAGGAGUAGGACGCCGCGACAUGUUUCUCAAACAACUACAGAACGCAGAUCUUGUCAUAUGAAACGGAAAGCUCUGAUUGAUCAGGAAUCACCUAGCAGUGUAGGUGCUUUCCUCACAAGUCCAUUGAAGAAAAUAAGUUGUGGAAACAUGUCAAAUCAGGUACUAAGUGGGUCAAAUCACCGAAAUGGUAAGCGUCCAAUUGAUCCGGCAUCACCUACCAACAUUGGUACUUCUCCCACAAGUCCUCUGAAGAAAAAGAGACGUAUGCGGCUGAUCGUGGACCUGCUCAACACAGUAGCUCCCUGUGAUGCUACUAAUUUGAAGAGUCAGAAAGAUCUGAAGCUUGUUUCCUCCAGCGAUGGGCUAAAUCAGGCACUAAGCGGGUCAAAUCACCCAAAUGGUAAGCGACCAAUUGAUCAGGCAUCACCUACCAACAUUGGUACUUCUCCCACAAGUCCUCUGAAGAAAAAAAGACGUAUGCGGCUGAUCGUGGACCUGCUCAACACAGUAGCUCCCUGUGAUGCUACUAAUUUGGAGAGUCAGAAAGAUCUGAAGCUUGUUUCCUCCAGCGAUGGGCUAAAUCAGGCACUAAGCGGGUCAAAUCACCCAAAUGGUAAGCGACCAAUUGAUCAGGCAUCACCUACCAACAUUGGUACUUCUCCCACAAGUCCUCUGAAGAAAAAAAGACGUAUGCGGCUGAUCGUGGACCUGCUCAACACAGUAGCUCCCUGUGAUGCUACUAAUUUGAAGAGUCAUAAAGAUCUGAAGCUUGUUUCCUCCAGUGAUGGGCUACACACUAAGGAAAAGCACCCGUCUUACUACAGAGAAAGGAAAAAUAUCCCUAUUCCAUGCAGAUCAAAUGGUAGUGCGCGGACUUCCAUUGUUGGAUGGCAGUGGCUUAACUGGUCACAGAUUGCCAGUAGAGCGGAGAAAUACAUCGUUAGAGGAGGGGAUGCUGCGAUGCAAGUGAAGAAAACAACUCUGAGAGAAUGUAGCUUUACAAAGCAAAGCAAGUCUAGUGCUCGAGCUUCUCGAUUAAAAGUACGAAGCAUGUUGGCGGGGACUAAAUGUCCUCACUUUACGAACUCUAUACAGAUAAAGGCCAGGAUAAAAGAAUUGCGUGUUGAAAGGAGCAUAAUCCAUGGGUGGGGUGUACUGUCUGUUAAGAAAAUUAAUCAUGGAGAACUCGUCGUGGAAUAUAUUGGGGAAGUAAUACGCAGGCCGGUGUCAGACAUGCGUGCACGUCAGUAUGAGAAAGCUGGCAGAUGUGACUAUUUCUUCAAGAUUGAUGCCAACCAUGUAAUUGAUGCUACUCAACGUGGCGGUAUCGCUCGAUACAUUAAUCAUUCUUGUGAGCCAAACUGCUAUACCAGAGUGAUCACUGUCAGCGGGCAGAAGAAAAUAUUCAUUUAUGCAAAGAAAAAUAUUAGGGCUGGUGAAGAGCUCACCUACAAUUAUAAAUUUCCUUUCGAGGAAAACAAGAUUCCAUGCCUAUGUGGUUCAAAGAGGUGCCGUGGAUCGAUGAACUAGGAAAUGAACUUGACAAGGUAUUGCUGGUGGCUCCGAGCAACUCAAUAUUCCAGAUCCCUUUAGUGAAUGUGUACAAUCAGUCGCUGGGACUACUGGCAGGUUCUUUGAAUAACUUAGCAGCAAGGUUCCUGCCCCAAGAAGCAUUACAGGCAUCAUGUGUUCUUAUUACUGUGUUUGCAUGUACUUGCAGAUUAUAAACCUCCUAUUAGCAUGUUAGUGAUUAGAUGGUAAAUUUUCUUUAUCGCUUGGUAACACAUCACAGACACCAACUGAGUUAGUGGCAGGUUUAUAAUGCCUGUGUUUAGGCUGUCUAUGGCUUGACAAGUUGACAUCAUUAUGUGUUUCUUAGUUUUAUAUAAUAACUCGGAGUAACAAUAAUCUUGUGAACACAACUAGAGUCUACUAUGGUAUUGAUAUCUUUAUUAAAUUACCGUAAAUAGUUGUCGAUGCCAAUGUAGCACCACGGGACUACCCAUCUGGACCCAUCAGCAGCGG